AUGGCGAAACCCAAACAGUUGGUCUCUAAGCGCAACCGGUUCUAUGAAUCGGAGACUAGCAGCAGCGGCGAUGACGAGGACCCCGACCCGCCCGUCACCAGAUCUAGGGCGUCGAACAAGGGCGACAAUCCUACUGCUCCCUGCCCGCCGACGAAGGACACCGGAAGGGCUUCUAGGUUCGCGUCUCAUGUUGUGAACAAGGCGAAGGAGCCCGUGCCGGACGACAUGGUGGCCGCUAUCGCCCGGAAUUAUAAGAAGGCAACGUACAGCAACGUGAUGCUCAUGAAUCACCGCGGUGUCGGAUGCACGGUGGAUAAGGACGACUUCAUGUCAAUCGAGGACGAUCAGUGGAUUACAGAUGGUGUCAUCGACUUCCACAACGUGCUGCUUAGCAUCAGGAAACCAACGCUCCGCGACGGGAAGACAUGGGCCGCCAUGGACUGCAAGGCUUACACACAGACGAAUUCGCAGGGUGCGCCGUUAACGCUUGGGAAUGGGCGGCCGCUUCUGGAACACGAUUAUCUGGCGAUCCCGGUGCUAGAAUCUGAGCACUAUUCGCUGGUCAUCACAAUAAAUCCAUCGGUGCUCACCAAGUCGCCGAAAUCGAAGGGCAAAGAGCGCUUGACGUUGGUAUUGAUGGACAGCGCGAUCAAGCAUCGGAAUAGCCGCAAGAUUUUAGCAGGAACAAUGCUUGUGCUGUCUGAGCUCGCAAAGGCGAGCUCCCCAAGCGCGAACAUGGAGUUUGUGGACCAGACGCUGAAGGAGGCGGACUGUUGCAUUUUACGGGAGGACAAGCUGCCACAGCAGCCUAACAAGGAGGACUGUGGGAUUUUUGUUUGCCAGUACCUCAAGACCCUCGUGAAUACCAACUUCGCCACGGUUCUUUCGGGCCUCUGGUUCCAGGGUGUGACACCGCACCAAUACAGGCGGGAGAUGCGGCGCGACCUGUGUGCACACGCGAGCGGCGCUCUUUUGCAACAGCUGCAGGACAUGGGAAUUGAGAUCCCCCCGCAAGACGGAGGCCGUGUUACCGAUGAGGGUACAGUGGUGCAGUCGAAGAACGCGGCUGUGGGAGAUGGGAGGCCGGCACCGGUCACUCGCCCUGUGGAGGACGCACGGGUUACGGAGGUGAUGAGGCGUGUAGCCUCCUUGACUAACGAUGUGAGGUACCUGAACGCCACCGUCACCGUGAUCGCCAACUUUGUGGGACUGAGGCGGGACGAGGUCGUGUCCACUGCAACCCAACUGCUGCUGCAGGGCGGUCACCCGGGCACCGGCACGAAUGCAGAGGCGGGUGGCAACAAGACUGCGCCUCGCACACCACAGCGUCCGUCUGCCCCGCUGGCCUCCACGUUCGCUGCAUGUGCGCCUGCAUCGAGCCUGCUCCCGAACCCGCUGCUCUCCCAGGGUGCCAUACCUCACUGGAUGUUCACGCGCGGGAGGCAGCUGCUCGGGAACGGUGUGCCACCUGGAGAUGCCGCGUGGGGAGACACGCACGGGCAGGAGACGCUGAAGGGCGAAGAGGAGGAGGACCUCGUGUCCGACUCAGACGACGAUGGCGAGGACGAGGAUACGUGUGCAACCACGUACACGGGUGUGAAGCUGGACAAACGGACUGGCAAGUUCGGCGUCAAGAUCUUGAUCAAAGAACGUGGAAAGCGUAAGCAGCAGCGCCUGGGAGCAUACACCACGGAGGAAGAGGCGGCAUUCGCGUAUGCCGCUGGUGCGUUCGUCCUGAGGCCACGCGACAGGAUACCCAACACCGUCACCCUGUCAGCGGCUGAGAAGGCGAUGCUGCGGGGAUGCACAAAAGAAGAUUUGCAAAUACUGGUGGAAGCAAGGAAGUGGUGGAGGUGGCGAAGCUGGCGUGACGCGCUGGAGAGCGUGAGCAGCAGGCUGAAAGGAGGGAGGAAGCGUGGGGGUGACACAGGUACAUCAAAGAGGCGCAGGGUGGUGGAGAACAACAACACGGCUACCAACGAACCGGCGGCCCCCGAGAAUGCAGAGAGUGGGGGGACGGCCCCCUUGUGCAAUGGGCACGGCGGAGGUGCAAAGGAAAAUGACCAGGAAGAGCGACAGGGAGACAGUGGUGCACAAGAGAAGACGGCAGUCACAGCUGCAUAG